UUUGGGUUCUCUCUCUCCACUCAUUGAUUAGUAGCUGUUGAACACUGGAAGAGCCCAAAAAUUCAACUAAUAGUGGGGUUUUAGUGUGUUAUCUGCUUCUUUUUCCCUCUGACUGUGUCUGACUUUGCACCACCAUCACCAUUUCUCCUACCUCUGCUUUCCCAUAAUUGUAUCUCUUUCUUCUCUCUUUCUCUGCGGUCUUAUCUCUUAUAAUCUGCUAUUGCCUCACCAUUUGUGGUAAAAACUAGAAUACCCCCAAAUCUUUCUUGUCUUUUGAUAUUCGUGGUUCUCCACAGUUGCACAUCAGUGAAGCAUAUCUGCAGCUUCAACAUGUAUUAUGUUAUGAAAAGAUAACUAUUUUACAUGGUCAGCAAGUUGUAAUAUCUUUUCUUUGGUUACUUGUGUCAAAAGAAACAAGCUCAAAGCUUUACUUUACCUAAAUAUGAUGCCACCAAACUACAAGUUGGAAUCUGAAAAUGAUUCAGAAGCAAGCAGCCAAAUAGGUUCCAACUUAUCUGUGCAAGAUGCAUCUCCUGAUCCAUCCAAGGAUAGUGCAACAACCACUUCAUCCCUAGCAAAUCCUAAAAACCUUCAGCCAGACUGCAAGCCUGUUUCCCUUGAUUUGACACUCCAAUUCAGUGCUACUGAUGCCAAGUUGAAGGGCACUGAUGAGAGCAAUAGUGAGACAGCAGGUCAGACUUUGUCACCUACUAUCCCAAGGGUUUUCUCUUGUAAUUACUGCAGGCGCAAGUUCUACAGCUCACAGGCACUAGGUGGUCACCAGAAUGCUCAUAAGAGGGAGAGGACAAUGGCAAAGCGUGCAUUGAGGAUGGGGAUGUUCUCUGAUAGGUAUACAAGCUUGGCAUCCCUGCCCCUCAAUGGUUCUGCAUUCCGGUCCCUAGGAAUCCAAGCUCAUUCUGCAGUGCAUCAAGGAAUUAUACCAUCACAGAGGCCUCCUCUUGACACGAGAGGUGGAGCAAGGUUUGAACAGGGUUAUUUUGCUAUGCCAAUGUUCAUUGAAGAUGAUGAUGUGGACUUGUUUUGGCCUGGGAGCUUCCGGCAGGUGGAUGCAGGUGUUACCAGCAAUGUCAAUUUGGAUUUUACUCAAUAUUCAACCCAAAGUUCAAACAUCAAUUUCGUAGCAGCGGCACCACCACAAAUGACAGAUACAUCUUCAACAUCUUCACCUGAUCUUACUUUGAAGCUCUAAUUGUUUUGCAGUUAAGUCUUGUAGUUUGUGCAUCAUUCUCCAUUAGACAUACUACUCAUCACAGUGUUAUUGUACAGUGAGGUAUGCAUCAGCCAUGGCUGCUGACUCCUAAAAUUAAUUUUACUGGAUCUAUCUUCUCUAAUAACUUUAUGGUUACCACUUACCUGUGCUUUGAUUUUACCAUGCCAUUAUUUUUUUCUUCUUUGAGAAAUUAAAUUGAAGGUUAAUGUUGCAGUGAGGAUCGAUAUCAUUACUGUUUGUUUGGCAUAUUCAAGUCAGAUGCACACUACUGCAAUGCAUUAACAUUUUUUUUUUUUUGGUAUAAGAAUAUUGCACUAGGCUGCUAAGGAUCAUAGUCUGGACCCUGGACGGUUCAGACUUGAUUGAGUUUGUUCUUUGCCUCUAACUGAGCUCAAACUUCAAUCCAGCUAGCUUUCUGUUGUUACCUGUGCAUCGUUUUUACCUGUGCCAUAGCUUCUGCUGUUGAGGAAUGAAAACCUUGCACUAAUGUUGUUAUUACUUUUUGUUUAUGAUUUUUAUUUUAAGAACAUUUCAUCCCAUUCUUUCUGUUAAGAAUAAAAAGGAGCACAAUUGUGAAAUGUGCAUUUGCGUCCUUUUGUGUCCUAGAUUGCGUGCCAUCUACGGUGGCAAUGUAAUGGAGCAUUUAGCACGUAGUUUGGACUUUGGCACAAUUGUGGAAUGUGCAUUUGCGUCCUUUUUGUAUACUAGAUUGCGUGCCAUCUAGGGUGGCAAAGUAAUGGAGCAUUUAGCACGUAGUUUGGACUUUAGUUGGUUUAGAUUUCGACUAUGACCAAGCUCAAAAGAAUUUUGUGCUUGAGUUAAGGUUGAUCUGGAACUCGUUGGGGAAUCAGGGACCACAGGAGUUCAUGAAUAAGGUCUAAUACAUAAU